AAUUUCCUCUGCUCUAUACUGGCAAGUCAACUUUUUAAUCCUCACUGUAUUUCAGUCCGCGAACUGUACACUUCUGCCCUGAAGACUAGAUAUGGCCACGUUAAAUUCCUUGUGUAUUCUUCAUCUGCUUUUAUUUACUUUACUGCUUGGAACUGAUGGCUAUCUCUACCAUUUGCAUAGGGAGUGUCGUUUCAGCUCCAGAGACCUGCAGGACCUCGAGUUCAUUGACAGAUACAUCUUCAAUAAAUUAGAAUACGCCAGAUACAACAGCACUCUGAAUAAAUUUAUUGGCUACACUGAAUUUGGAGUGAAAAAUGCCGACAGAUGGAACCGAGACGGGGGAGCAGAACGUCAGCAUGCUAAUUUGGAUGGUGUCUGCAGGCCUAAUGCUAAAUUGCGCUUUGACGCCAUACUGGAUUAUUCAGUUGAACCCACCAUCAAAGUCAAAUCUGCCAUACAUGGUAGUCAUAAACACACCUCCAUGCUCGUGUGCAGUGCCUAUGACUUCUACCCCAGAGGAAUCAAAAUGACCUGGCUGAGAGAUGGAGUGGAAGUAACAUCUGAUGUGACCACCACAGAGGAGCUGGCUAAUGGAAACUGGUACUAUCAGAUCCACUCUCAUCUGGAGUACACACCCAAAUCAGGAGAGAAAAUCUCCUGCAAGGUGGAGCAUGCAAGUCUCCCGAAAGGCAAAGAGGUCAAGUGGGACCCCACCAUGUCUGAAGUAAAGAGAAACAAGGUGAUCAUUGGGGCCUCUGGCCUGGUGUUGGGGCUGAUAAUCACUAUUGCUGGAGUGGUCUAUUACAAGAAGAAAUCCACUGGGAGAAUUCUGGUCCCAUCAAAUUAAGUAAUGUUGACAAAUUAGAAGAUUAGAAGAUCUCCUGACCUGAAUGCUAGUAAUAAUGUAAGUCUUAUACAGUUUAUUGUAAGCAUAGAUAUACAAAAAAAGAAACAAACAAAAACUUUAUUUCUGUUAUUUAUAUGCAAUUUUACAAGAAAUGUGCCAGUAAAGUACCUGAACUUCAUUUUACAAGUCUGAAACUUUAUUGGAGCUGUUCGCUCUCUGCUAACAGAUACAAAUGAACCUCUGAGGGGAGCAUAAUAUUCCAUCUAUUUUGAUGGAAUACAUACACCGGGGGGACAACGAUUCUCUAUGGCAAAGGAGUGUUUUGCUCAGACCCAAAGAGACUGUUUGGGAAACUGUGGGAGGAAAUAUUCAAUGAGAUUAAAACUCCUGGGUACACGCACCCAUUGUCCUAUGAGUUAUUUGCAAGCUUUAAGCUGCAUAUGGGAAUUGGAUUUCAUCCCGUCCUGAGACUAAAAAUAUCUACACAAUGGCAUCUUGGUGGCCAGUCAGGGCAAAGAUGUGCAUUUGCAGUCGAAUUUGCAUACAGCAGCUACUUAAGCGACAUCCCAGCCUGCAGACUUUUUUCAAGACAGAUUUUCAGCAAAGAAAAGAUAGGGCCUGCAGAGCUGUGUGAGUGAGAAGAUGAGUAGUGAACAUGUCCUCGAGCUGCAGAACCCCUUUAGCCUGAAACUUCCACUACAGUGAAAGGCGCGUAAGAAAUCGCUGGUGCCUUAGCUGGAAGCCUGUCCCAGGAAAGCUGGACGUAGUGCUGCACAGACAGGCACAUGGGAGUUGGUUGUACACCAUAAUUUGUGUCCCACCUGUAGACUGGGGUCACCAGCUGGGGUUAACAGGCAGUGAAGGAGGAGAGGGCCAGGGGAGCUCCACUCUGGCCAUCAAGAUUGACCAUCAAGAUGCCGUUGUGUAGAUAUUUUCAGUGUCAAGAUUGAAUGUAAUCCAAUGCCCAUAUGCAGCCUAAAGCAAAGCUAAUAAGGACAGAGAACAUUUAUUGGCUGUUACGUCAGGUCCUUUAAUACAUCAUGAAGCACCUGGACCCAAUAGUAAUAAUAAAGUAAGAACCCAGUAAUAAAUUGAAUUCCACCCAUUCAGUCCCCACAUAGAAACUGAUGAAAAUGUUUAGACUGAUAUAAGUCAAUAUUGCAAUGCAAUUGAUUUCUCCUACUGUUGCUAAUAUGUAAUACAUACCAGACCUGGGUCAAAUACGUAUUUGUUUUGGAUUCAAAUACUUUUCUACGCUUUACUGAUCUUGUCUGGUGUAUUGGAACCAAUGAAAUACCCUCAAAAAGUGCAAACCCCGCCUUCUGGUCGUAUUGGCAGGCUCAAUUAUACCAGGCAAGAUCAAUAGAACACAGAAAAGUAUUUGAAUCCAAAACAAAUAUGUAUUUGACCCAGGUCUGAUACAUACCAUAAUAACCCCACACAAUGUAGUCUGAAGCCAUUCACGGAUUUACCUUUACAGUCACUUUAAAAUUGUCAUGCAUAUUGUACAACGAUAUGAUGCACUUUCAAUUUACAUUUCGGUUUGCAAUUGAUUUUUUAUUGGAAACUUAAAUAUGUGGAACUAACUAGCUAUAUGAUUUCUUUGAAAUUUCUAGAUGCUGAAUAAUCAUAAGGAAGUGGAUCAUGAGGAUGGACUUAAAACCAUAGGC